CAAUCCUCCUUUGUCUCCUUGGUUCUAUCUGUUAUACCACAAGGGCGGGCUCUCUGUUUUCACAAACAAAUCCUUCCAAUUCUCCUAUCCAUCUGCUUCUGCUUCUUAUACUGUGAGAGAGAAGGGAAAGGGAGAAGUAGACGGUAUUUUGCUUAUUUAAGUGCGUCUGCAGAACAAAAAGGAAAUAUAGAAAAUGUCCAUGUCGUUGGGGUAUUGUUGCUCGAGCUUUUUAGCCAGAGAAUCGAUUGGGGCUAAGUCUUCAUCGACUCUCCGCCUCGCUCCUUCUCAUUCUCCUUCCCUUGCCAACCAGCGCAUGGUUCGCUUCGUAACCUGUGCCGCUUCUUCCAAGCCUGCAACAACUAAGAAACGAGAGCCCAGGGGUAUCACCAAGCCCAAACCAAUCUCUCCAGCAAUGCAAGCGCUUCUCGGUGUCCCGGAGAUCCCUCGCACCCAAGCCCUCAAACAGAUUUGGGCUUACAUCAAGGAGCACAAUCUCCAGGAUCCUGAAAACAAAAAGAUUGUAGUGUGUGAUGAGAAGCUGAAGACCAUAUUUGGAGGGAGAGAGCGUGUGGGGUUUCUUGAGAUCUCAGGGUUGAUUAAUCCUCAUUUCCUCAAGUGAAGGUCAACAUUGCAGGAGAGCAAAUUCAGAAGCUGAAAAAUCCUCCAUUCCUUUUUUUGUGUCUGUGUUUGUCUACAUGGGCGUUUGGGUUCAGUUGAUCUUAUUACUAAAAACAAGUGCUUCAUUUAACUAUAAGGUUCUCUAGGAUGCAGACGUCAAUCUAAGUGCACUGUGAACAUCAAGAGCCAUUAGUUGCAUUCUUCAAAAAGCUUUUCUCCUGCUUUAGCAAGUAGGUAUAUGAAUGCAAAAUCCGUUUUUCCAUUGUUCAUUGUUUAGCUUGUUAGGAAUCUUUUAACAUUUUGGAGCUUUACAGUUGGUCUGGCAAUAUAAUGGUUUCUUAUAUUUUACCUCUUGCCAGAUAUAUGACGGAAUGCAAUAGUUUUGAAUCUUUUGAUA